AUGAGUACCAAUUCGUUGACCAAAGAGGAGGACAACGAGUCGACAGUCAGUCCAUUGAGUGGUAAUGAAGAGAAUUGCGACCAAUUGUGCAACGAUUUGAUGACAUCGUCUUAUAAUGAGAUCUCAUUCUCUGGAAGUGAUGAACAAACAGACAUAGAAGUGGCCGAAGACUUGAGUUCAUGCGAUAGCGACCAACAGCUGAAGAAGAAGUUGUCAUCGAGUCUAUCGUUACCACAAUUGUCGUCAUCGAUAGUGAAAUGGACGGAACGGACGAAAGCCAGUUAUGACACCGAAAACGUGAGGCCAAACACUAGCCAUCACUCAGACGUGAAUGAGAUCCCAGACUAUGUCUCAUAUGACGGACAUAUGGUCUCAUAUGUGGCCCAAGACUUUCAGCACAAACUUAAACACAGCACUUCUUCGCCUGACAUCGAAGGUUUGGUCGCAUUUCAAAUCACGUCUUUGACUGUUGAAUGCAUUUCCACUUACGAGACAUGUCUUAGCACUACCUGUGAUGUCAUUGAUUCCAAUAUAAAAUCUAUGUAUCAAUUGAUGGCUAAAUGUGAAGAAUUAAACCAAUCGAUGAAACCGAUCGCCAAAUUAAGUGAAGAGUUAAAAGAAGUGAAACGUUUGUUGGAAUUGUUUGAAAAAGCGGUCGACUAUAAGAUGUGAUCACAAUCUCGUCAAUACAAUC